GCUCUUCACAAAUAACUGCUCGAUACGAAGAAACACUUGCAGCAUGAGCUCUAGACGCGCUAGACGCGAUGCAGACCACCGCAACGAUCACGAUUCUUGGCAUCAAGCUAACUUCGACCGCUUUGGAGACUUCGUUGGCAACAGCACGCUCAACAGCCAUCCAUCUCGUCAAUCCGCCCACGGAUCCAUUUCUUCAAGCAGGACCGUUCAUGUCCCUGGAACGAAGGGAUACGAGGAGUACGAGGAGUACGAACGAAGUGACGACGGUGCAUAUCACGCAUCCUGGGCAGAAGCGUCGACGUGCAAGGGGCGGACCACCAGACACGGAAGACUAUGAUUCAAACGGUAGAGCAAGCUACAACGACUUUGACGAAUACGAUGGGUCGGGCUUCCAUACCGAAUACAGAGGUCAAAGCCCGGGAGUGAAGCCAAAUGUGCAAACUUCACCCCAAGCUAGUCACCGGACGGAGACGCUCAACGGGUACGGCGAUACUUUCAGUUCCGAAGACACCGAUUGGCAAGGUUCACUUCACGAUUUCCGCAACCAUCCUGGCCAGAAAAGUCGGCACAACGGAUCCAGAUCCCCAGACGACGAUGCCUAUGGCCCAACCGGUAGAGGGAACGACGGCGGGCUCUAUGACAGCGAUUUCGGAGGAUACGAAGCGUCCAACUACGAUAAUAACGAAUACCGUGCUGGAGGUUCGAGAUGGAUGCCAGGCGAUCAAGCUCGACCCCACGCCGCUGAACGCGGUUACGAGUACGCCGGUACUGAAGAGCAAGCAACCGGAGGCAAUGGGGCUGGACAGAGGAACGAGGCGCCGCCGCAGCCGGGAAGGAUCACCUAUCCGGGCUAUGAGCAGAGAGGGUAGACUCAGGGGAAAUGAAGGACACAAGUGCUGCUUGGUUCAAGAAAGCCGAACAGUGGGACUUGUAUACUAGGCCGAUCGAGCGACUUGUAUGGUGAACGUGAUAAGUAAGACUGAUCUCUGGACAUUGACUAGCUUCCUG